GACUUUUCCUUGAUGACGGGUUCAACAACAUGGCGGCGUCCGUGGUUAGCGUAACUGUUUCACCUCCUUGUUGAAAUGUAUUUUUCUACUUUUCUGUUAAAUCUGACAAACUUUGAAGUAACGUAGCUUUAACAAAUCACGGCUCCUUCCUGUCGGAGUGUUUCUGUGGACUCUUACAAGGAGCCGAGGUGACUUAUUUGAGUGGCCGCCUGAACAGCACCAUGUCUGGGUCAAAUGUGUGGACUCGCACCCGCGAGAAACUGAGACUUUUCCCCGAAAUCUUUGCUCAGUGUGGGUCAGAGGCAGCAGCGUACGGGAAGUGUGUGUCAGCUACGACAACAGGCGGACAGGAGUUAAAGAAGGACCUGUGUGCCAAGGAAUUUCAAGCUCUGAAGACGUGCUUUACAAACGCAGCCAAGAAAAGAGCCAAAUAAAUGAAGAGCAUCCAGGUUGUGGAGUAAAUUACUCCUCCGAUGUUAAAGGUUUGGGGUUGUGGCAGAAGACAUGAAGACAUUGUUGAAACAUACUGUUUUUCAGCAGCGGAAACUGUAAUUUAUGUGAAUAAAAAUGCUAUUAAAUGCCA